CUAUUUGUGGAGGUAAAGAAACGAGCUGUCAAAUUGUAGAUAACCACAAACAGCCCCUGACGUUUUGGUGCUGCUGAUUUAAGGCAUAAAUUUUCUUGUCUCCAAUCAAGUAAGGAACGACAACACAGCACAAAAAUGCGCCUAACCUCGAUUUUGAAUGGACAACAUUUCGGUCAAUUGGCCAAGUUAAACGGCAUUGUCACCUACAAGAUUUCACCAUUCGAGCAACGCGCCUUUGCCGGUGCCAUUAGUAAAGGAGUACCAAACAUGGUCCGUCGUUUCCGCUCCAAUGUAUUCAUUGUAACUCCACCUCUCCUGGCUGCUUACCUUAUCUAUGACAUGGCUGAACGGGAGCACAAACGCUUAUUACGCAAGAACCCUGCAGAAUUCGCCGACGAUGAAUAGAAUUAGUUUCCA